AUGGAGGACGAUGGCUUAACGCGCUUCAACGUACAGAGUGCAUCGCAAAGCUUCAUGUGGCGUUUGUCCAGGACAGCACUCUUCUUGUGGUGCUCUUCCUUAGCGAUCAUGUUAGUGCACGCCUGGUUUCAGUUGAAGCACGCCAGGUGGUUUGAGUCGCAACAUCUCACCAUGAAGGACUUUGCGUUGGUGCUGUCCGGCUUGCCGGCAGACGUCACAGAUGAACAGAAGCUAGCAGACUGCAUCUCUCGUCAGAUCGGGGAGACGAUCCGUUCGGUCUCCAUCGGAUACGAUGUGACCUCCUGCUGGAACGAGGUGGAGACCUUGUUGGACCGUCACUUGGCCUAUUGCGACGCCCAUUUCUGUGGCCACCCCGACGUGGGACUGAGACCGGGGCCGCAGGGAGGUGCCGCGGAAGAAGAAAUCUUGGGCCCGUUGGCAAUGAGACGAAACAUGGAGGAGGACAGCCAGUGGGUCCAAGACUGGUUCAGGCCCAACUCUUCGAAGGAGAUGAAAGGCUCAGGCUUUGCUUGGGCGGUCUUCAGCAGCCACCGAGACCGCGAUGAGGCGAUCCACAAGAUGUUGGCUCUGGAGAAAGAUCGACGAGGCAUCCACUGGCGGGAUCCUGACGGCACUUGCUAUCCAUUGGACUUUGGAAUUCCGCGUUGCGAGCCCACCAACGUGCGCUGGGAUCACCUGGGCCUUGGGCUGUGCUCAAGGCGCUUGCGCUUCUUGGGCGCAGUGCUUAUUUGGUCCAUGGCCGCAGCUGGGUUGGCCUUCUUCGUUUAUGUGCCCUAUGCUGAGUACGUCACCGGCUUCCUCAACGAGGCGGGGAAGUUCCCCCAGGGCUUCAUGAUGGGCUUGCUGAGCUUCCUCAUUGGUCUCACAUGGUGGGCCAUGUGCAUGAUGAUAGGCACUUGCGUGAACAUUGCGGGGUUUCAGACGAUUGAAGAUGAGAACCUGUUCAUCUUCAUUUUCUUCACCAUCUUUUGCGUUGCUGCAUCUGCCUUCAAUGUAUACCUCACCUGGUACUACACUCAGGACUUGUGGCAACAUCACACCAGCAGCUGGUUCGAGAGCAUUGAAGGGAGUUUGCUGACAACAGGAGGUCCGGUCACAACGCUGAGGGACCUCCGGAAAGAAAUUGACCUCGGCUUUCGUGUCUUCCAGGUGUUGGUACCUGGAGUGCUCUUCACCCCCUGUUUGUUGAGUCCGCUGAACAACUUUCUGAUCCCAUACUUCAGGGAGUCAGCGCUUUUGGUGCUCUUUGGCCAAGGCAAAAGCGGACGAGAAGCUGAGCGCUUCCUGGAACCACUGCCCAUCGGCUUAGCGUGGGACUACCAGGGUCAUGUGACGCUUCCAUGCUGUUGUUGCCUUACUCUCUUCAUCAUGUCCCCUUCCAUGUGGUGGGCACAGGCAUACCUAUGCGAACAUCCUUGA